AUGGACAGACCGCGAAAUGUGGGAGCGGAAGCCUACACCGUCUACCGCCAGCUCGCCGCGGAAACGACAUCUAGCAGCGAAGAAGAGACCUCGAAACCGACCGGCACCACCUCCACCACGUCCUCGGCGGAAGCCACCUCCGACCCGCAAAACGACGGAGACGACGAUUCGAACGACGAAGACCCCCUCGAGGACGGCGAGGAAACCUCCUCCGGCGGGAGCAAUGCCUGGAUCGCCGGUGCGGUGAUUGGUCCGCUGGCAGCAGUCUGCGCCGCGGUUGCGGCGUUUGUCUGGAUGAGGAAGAGGAAGGGCGCGCAGCAGAGUGCGAGGGCGGGCGCGUUGGAAGACGGGAGCGCGCCGAAAGAUGGACCGGAGCCGCCGCCCGUGUAUAUGCUUCACACCAACGAGAAACCCAUCGAGUUGCCGACGGAGCAGCAAUUUGUCGCCGAAUUACCUGCGAGCACGAGGUAUUAG